UCUUCAUGGUGGUGUCACUUGGAUCUUUCGUGGCGUUUGGGCUCAGUGCUUUCAGUCUGACCUUCCAUACCGAUUUCUAUAAGAUCGAUGUCGAUGAACUCGGCUAUGAUGACAAGGAUCCAAGAUGGAUCGGAGCGUGGUGGCUGGGUUACUUAGUCUACGCUGGAAUCUUUAUUCUUCUGGGUAUACCUUACUUCUUCUUCCCAAAGGAGUGGCCAACACAACUUUCGACAGAAGACGAUGAAAUCGAGCUGGAGCUAAGACCCAAGAUAAAGGAUGAUAUUAAUACCAAUCGCCACGACCAGGAGUGUCAGACGGCACUCACCGGCGACGCCGACGGAGUCGGUGUCGUUGUCAAAAUUGGAGUAGACGGAUCGAAUGUUCAGAUGAACGACAGUACCGACAAGCAGAAUGGUCAUCCUGAGGUUGUUGAGGGAAGCAACAGUUACAAGAGGUUGGACAUCGAAAGUGAUGAUCCUUCUAAACCGACUGCUGAUGAAAAGGAAGACGGUGAUCAGGGAAAUAACCAACCGAGUCUCUGUAGUUUCGCUAUCAUUACAGGAUAUCUUUCUGCUGUUCGUCGCCUUCUUACGAACUUUACCUUUAUGGCCAUUGUCAUGGGAAGCACCACAGCUUCCGCAAACACUAGUGGGUUCUACAUCUUUAUUGGUCGCUACCUUCAGACUGCGUAUGACAUCACACCUGCAGACGUCUCCAUCAUUUUAUCUGCUGUUACGACACCAACAUCACUGUUUGGUGUUAUGCUUUCUGGAGUGAUUAUUAACAGAAUGAAUCUGAAGAUAAAAGGUUUGAUUAACUUGGCGGUAAUUUGCAAGACCAUUGCGAUAGUUUUUAUCGCUGGUAAUUUCGCUAUCUUCUGCAGCAGGGCUUUGAUAGCGGGUGUGACUGCACCCUACUUUACUGGUGAGAUUAGCUUGGAGCCGGCGCCAUCUUGUAUUGCGAGCUGCGGGUGUGAGAAAGGAGUUUAUACUCCAGUCUGCGGCUCUGAUGGACUCACCUACAUCACACCUUGUCAUGCGGGCUGCACUGGGAUAACUGAGAAUGACGAAGGGGAGACCGUCUACACGAAUUGCACCUGCGUGUCAUCUAGCUCGACUGAUAGCCCGCUUUGUGAGGGACUUUCGACCGCUGUAAAGAACCAGUGCCCACGAGCCUGCCGAGUCAAGAUCAUCACUUUUAUCUGUCUGUAUUGCGUUUAUUCAACGGUUCAGUCUCUGAUGGGAAACGCUGUUAUUAUCGCCAAGUUAAGGGUCGUAGACAACAGAGACAAGGCGUUAUCACUGGCUCUGGCUAGCUUCUUUACUAAAGUUUUAGCGUUCAUUCCUGCUCCUAUCUAUUACGGCCUGGCGAUACAGUCUACAUGUGCCAUGUUUCAGGAGUCUUGCGGAGAGACUGGAAAUUGUCUCAUCUAUGACACGGAUCGUUUUUCGAAGAACUUCUGGGGGCUGUUUCUUGGUUUAGGUUUAACCACCGUUUUUUGCUACGCCGUUAGCUCUAUCUCCCUUCGUCGAGAUGCUAAAGGGAAAUACCUUCCCCUGCAGCUGCGCAUCUUCCAGAAGCGGAGUAAGAAAGAAAUAACUAACAAUUAAAAGGAAAGGAUUGAGAUGACCCCUGUGAAAACGUUAAUGAAAAAAACAUCCGAAAAUAUACCACUACACUUCUUUAUUUGUCAUUACACUAAGGGUCAGCGCAUCCUCUGGAAAAGGCACUUAUAAAGAAAAUAAUUCGUAUUGUUAUCAUUGUUGUCGUUUAUAUCUUCUUGUUUUAUAAGUAUUGUACAAAGUAACUUGGAUUCGGUUACUUGCGAUAUAGCAAUAAUUGUACUCUGUAUAUUAACUUGCAUCAUAAUCAUUAUCU